CAGGGUGGUGCGGGCUAUUAACUGUGCCCCGCAAAGUGCGGGACCUGAACACCUACCUCCAGCUGCUGCCGAUCCAAGCAUGAGCGAGCAGCUGCCGGUCUGAAGGAGCGCGCGGCACGGGUGGCGGGGGACAAGUUUGUGAUCGCUCCAACUUUGUGCCUCACCUGCAGAGCCAACAUGUCGGAUUCUGCAUCCAGUUUCCUACACAUCGGAGACCUGGUGUCCAUGUACGCCGAGGGCACCGUCAAUGGCUUCAUCAGCACCCUGGGGUUGGUGGAUGAUCGCUGUGUGGUGGAACCAGCUGCUGGAGAUUUGGAGAACCCCCCCAAGAAGUUCAGAGACUGCCUGUUCAAGGUGUGUCCGAUGAGUCGCUACUCGGCACAGAAGCAGUUCUGGAAGGCCAAACAGGCCAAACAUGAGAAAGACAAGAUUGGUGACGUGGUUCUGCUGCAGAAACUUCAGCAUGCAUCCAACUUGGAGCAGAAGCAGAACGAGACAGAGAACAAGAAGGUUCAUGGAGAUGUGGUCAAGUACGGAACUGUCAUCCAGCUGCUGCACAUGAAGAGCAACAAGUACCUGACGGUAAACAAGCGUUUGCCGGCGCUUCUGGAGAAGAACGCCAUGCGUGUCACGCUGGAUGGGACCGGCAAUGAAGGAUCCUGGCUCUUUAUACAACCUUUCUGGAAGCUGCGUGCCAAUGGAGACAAUGUCGUGGUGGGAGACAAAGUGAUCUUGAACCCGGUCAACGCGAGUCAGCCACUUCACGCGUCAAACUACGAGCUGAGCGACCACCCGGGCUGUAAGGAGGUCAACUCUGUCAACUGCAACACCAGCUGGAAGAUCAACUUAUUCAUGAUGUUCAGUGACCACAGGGACGAAGUGCUUAAAGGCGGCGAUGUGGUGCGUUUGUUUCACGCUGAGCAGGAAAAAUUUCUGACGUGCGACGAGUACAAGAACAAACUUCACGUUUUCCUGCGCACGACGUUGAGACAGUCGGCCACAUCGGCUACCAGCUCCAACGCUCUGUGGGAAGUUGAGGUUGUCCAUCAUGACCCAUGUCGCGGAGGGGCGGGACACUGGAACAGCUUGUACCGCUUCAAGCACCUUGCCACUGGAAACUAUUUGGCAGCGGAGGAGAAUCCCGGUUACCGAGGCGACAGUGCAGAGAUUUCCUCCUUGAUGGAAGGCAGUCGCAGCAGCAAGCGUUCGCAUGGUGAAAGGAUCAAGUACAAGCUGGUGGCCAUGGCGCAUGGCAACGACAUAUCCUCGCUCUUCGAGUUGGACCCCACCACGCUACAGAAGACUGAUUCCUUCGUUCCGCGGAAUUCGUUUGUCCGCUUGAGGCACCUCUGCACCAACACAUGGAUCCAAAGCACCAACGUCCCCAUCGAUGUUGAUGAGGAGAGACCCAUCAGACUCAUGUUAGGAACAUGUCCCACCAAAGAGGACAAGGAAGCCUUCGCCAUCGUCUCGGUUCCCGUGAUGGAGAUUCGGGAUCUAGACUUUGCCAACGAUGCGAGCGCCAUGUUGAGCACGGUGGUAGAUCAGUUCAGUCGGGGUUUCAUUAGCCAGAACGACCGCCGCUUUGCCAUCAAGCUGCUAGAGGACGUAGUCUUCUUCGUGGCAGACACCAUCAACAGCGGCCAGCCAGUGUUGGACGUCACCAUGACCAAAGCCAACCGUGAGAGGCAGAAGCUGAUGAGGGAGCAGAACAUCCUCAAGCAGAUCUUUGGUAUCCUCAAGGUUCCUUUCAAGGACCGCAGUGGAGGGGAGGGGCCUCUGCUACGUCUGGAGGAGCUGGCUGACCAGAAGAACUCUCCCUACCAGUACAUGUUCCGACUCUGCUACCGCGUCCUGCGACAUUCCCAGGAGGACUACCGCAAGAACCAGGAGCACAUCGCCAAGCAGUUCGGCCUGAUGCAGGGUCAGAUCGGCUACGACAUUCUUGCAGAGGACACCAUCACCGCGCUACUGCACAACAACCGCAAGCUGCUGGAGAAGCACAUCACCAAGACUGAGGUGGAGACUUUCGUCAGCCUAGUUCGCAAGAACCGCGAGCCCCGGUUUCUGGACUACCUGUCGGACUUGUGUGUAUCCAACAACGUGGCCAUCCCCGUCACUCAGGAACUCAUCUGCAAGUGUGUGCUUGAUCCCAAAAACCAGGACAUCCUUAUCAAGACUGAGCGGCGGGUGCCUAAAGAGGCGGCCCAUGGUGAAAUCCCCACACAGUAUAUGGGAAUGGACGACUAUGCAGAUGAAGACGAGGUAUGGCUGGUGUGGGCCGACAAAACCAAAGAGAAGCAGGACAAGAGCAUAAGGCAGCUCGCUCAGGAGGCCCGACAAGGCAACGCCCAUGACGAAAACGUUCUUACCUACUACAGGUACCAACUGAAGCUUUUCGCCAGAAUGUGUUUGGACCGCCAAUAUCUGGCCAUCGAUGAGAUCUCCAAGCAGCUGGAUGUGGAGCUCAUCUUCCUGUGCAUGAUGGAUGAGACACUUCCCUUCGACCUGCGUGCGUCCUUCUGUCGCCUGAUGCUGCAUGCCCACGUGGAUCGAGACCCGCAGGAACUGGUCACGCCUGUCAAGUUUGCCCGACUCUGGACCGAGAUUCCCACCUCCAUCACUAUCAAGGAUUACGACUCCAAUAUGGAUGACAGCAGAGACAACAAGAAGAACCGCUUUGCUAACACCAUGGUCUUCAUGGAGGAGUAUCUCAACAACGUGUUGAAUGAGGAGCUGCCAUUUCACAAUGAGGAGAAGAACAAGCUGACCUACGAGGUGGUGAGUUUGGCCCGACAUCUCAUCUACUUCGGCUUCUAUAGCUUCUUUGAGCUGCUGCGACUCACCAGAACACUGCUGGGCAUCAUUGACUGUGGGCCCAACCCUUCACAUGGCUCUGCACUGUUCCAUGAUGACGGAACAGGGAAAAACGUGAAACGCUCCAUUCAUGGCAUGGGCCAGAUGAUGACAACCAUGGUCCUCAAUAGGAAGCAGUCCUUAUUUGGUGGGGUGGGGGGCCGAGGGCCAGGUCUUGUGCUUGAUGGACAAAGAGUGGCUAAAAACAGCAUCGACAAGAUGGGCCUGACAGUAAUGGACACAAAGCUGAAGAUUCUGGAAAUCCUGCAGUUCAUCCUGAAUGUGCGUCUGGACUACCGUCUGUCCUUCCUGCUGUCCGUCUUCAAGAAGGAAUUUGUGGACGUCUACCCGCUGGCCGAUGCUGAUGCCACCACCAGUUUGGAGCACGCAGCCACCAUCAACCUACAGCACAUUGGAGAGCAGGCAGAGGCCAUGUUUGGAGUCGGGAAGGGGAACAGCAUUUUGGAGGUGGAUGACGAAGGCGGCCGCAUGUUCCUGCGCGUCCUGAUCCACCUCACCAUGCACGAGUAUCCGCCGCUGGUGUCCGGAGCUUUGCAGCUGCUCUUCAGACAUUUCAGCCAGAGGCAGGAAGUGCUGCACACCUUCAAGCAGGUCCAGCUACUCAUCUCGGCUCAGGAUGUGGAGAAUUACAAGCUGAUCAAAUUGGAUCUGGACUGUCUGAGGACGUUGGUGGAGAAGUCUGAGCUGUGGGUGGAGAAGAAGACGUCCGGAGGUGGAGAUGGCAAGAAGGAAAAGAAAGAUAAGAAAGAGAAAGUGGAGGGGGCAGCGGAGGAUGCCACACCCAAGAAGGACAAAGGGGAGAAGAACGAGAACUAUCAGAACGAGAACUAUCAGAACGUCAAAGAGAUACUGGAAAGGCUGAAUAAGAUGUGCAGCAGUGGUGUUUGGAAGAAGCAGCAGAGGUUGCUGAAGAACAUGGGCGCUCAUAAAGUCAUGCUGGACCUCCUGCAGGUCUCCUAUGACCAGAACGAUGUGAAGAUGCAAGAGAUUAUCAGAUAUACUCACCUGUUCUUGCAGAAAUUCUGCAUGGGCAACCAGGAGAACCAAGUUCUGUUGCACAAGAACCUCAGUCUCUUCCUGAAUCCAGGGCUGCUAGACGCAGAGACUGUGCAGCACAUCUUCAGCAACAACUACCAGUUAUGCACGGAGAUCUCGGAGAGUGUGCUGCAGCACUUCAUCCACUGCUUGGCCACGCACGGACGCCACGUGCACUACCUCAACUUCCUGCACACCAUCAUCAAAGCUGAGGGCAAGUAUGUGAAGAAGUGCCAGGACAUGAUCAUGACAGAGCUGACCAAUGCUGGCGAGGACGUAGUUGUCUUCUACAAUGACAAGACCUCCUUCAACGUUAUGCUGGAGCUGAUGGCUGAAAGCAGGGAGGGCAUUGGUGAAAACAGCCCGCUCAGGUACCACAUCUCGCUGGUGGAGCUGCUGUCAGCAUGUGCUGAGGGCAAGAAUGUCUACACGGAGAUCAAGUGCACGUCCCUGCUGCCACUGGAGGAUGUUGUCCGCGUAGUGACGCAUGAGGACUGCAUCACAGAGGUGAAAGUCGCUUACGUCAACUUCGUCAAUCACUGCUACGUGGACACGGAGGUGGAGAUGAAGGAGAUCUACACGUCCAACCACAUCUGGAAGCUCUUUGAGGACUUUACAGUGGACAUGGCCCGAGUGUGCAACAAGCGGGACAAGCGACUUUCCGAUCCCGUCUUGGAGAAGUACAUCAUCAACGUGGUCUUUGACACCAUCCAUGCCUUUUUCAGCUCGCCCUUCUCCGAGAACAGCACCUCGCUGCAGAGUCAUCACACAAUCGUCACACAGCUGCUGCAGUCAUCCGUGCGCCUGCUGGACUGUCCCUGGUUGCAGCAGCAGCAUCGAAGCCAGGUGGAGACCUGCAUCAAGACCCUUGCAGUCACAGCCAAGAGUCGCUCCAUCGCUCUCCCGCUGGACCUCGAGGCUCAGAUUAGCGCCAUGUUGUCCACCAGCGCUCUUAACUCACUGUCGCGCUCCAACACCAGCUACAAGUCGGCAUCGCGCUCAACCCGGCCGGUUGCCCCCAGCAACCCCUGGGACUACAAGAAUAUCAUCGAAAAACUGCAGGAUGUCAUCAAUACGCUGGAGGAGCGCCUCAAACCACUCGUCAAUGCCGAGCUCUCUGUCCUGGUCGACGUUCUCCACCAGCCAGAGCUUCUCUUUCUGGAGGGAAUGGACGCACGCCAGCGAUGCGAGUCAGGCGGAUUCAUCUCCAAGCUAAUUCAGCACACAAAGGCUCUGAUGUCCACAGAGGAGAAGUUGUGUAUCAAAGUUCUCAGGACACUCCAGGAGAUGUUGAUCAGAACACUGGACUUUGAUGAAAAGGGAAUUUCAUUGCGGAAAGUUCUGUUGCAGAACUACUUGUUUCCAAACAAGAAAAACAACCCGAAGAAUGACCUGGCAGAACUUGGAGUGUCAGGCGGUGAGCCAGAGCGUGACUGGGCGGCGGUGGCGGCGGUUCAGUGUCGUCUGGACCGAGAAGGCGGGAGCAAACUUUUUACGGACCUAGUGAUGAGCACCAAGAACGACAAGAUCUUCCAGGAGAGCAUCCAGAUGGCCAUCUGUCUGCUGGAGGGAGGCAACACGGAGAUACAGAACUCAUUCUACAAGCUGAUGAUGGGGGACAACAAGUCAGAGAAGUUCUUCAAAGUUCUCCAUGACAGGAUGAAAGAGGCACAGAUGGACAUCAAAGCCACCGUGUCGGUUAAUGUUGGGGAGAUGUCGCACAAAGCCAAUGAGAAGGAGCUGAACAACGGUUCCUCUUCACCGCUUGGACUUCCUGCCACAGACGGACAUUCCUUAUUCGUCCAAGCCCAAGGAGGGGGCCCCUCCUCCAUACAGUCAAUAGCGGAGCAGAAGGAGGUGGAGACUGAGAUGGGCCCGGCCGUCCUGAUCAUGAAGCCCAUCUUGAGGUUCCUUCAGCUUCUGUGCGAGAACCACAACCAAGAUCUGCAAAACUUCCUGCGCUGCCAGAAUAACAAGACCAACUACAACUUAGUAUGCGAGACGCUCCAGUUCUUGGACAUCAUGUGUGGGAGCACCACGGGCGGUCUGGGCCUGCUGGGUCUCUACAUCAAUGAGUCAAACGUCCACCUCAUUACGCAGACACUGGAGACCCUCACGGAGUACUGUCAGGGACCGUGUCAGGAGAACCAGACAUGCAUUGUGACGCACGAAUGCAACGGCAUCGACAUCAUCACGGCCCUCAUACUCAACGACAUCAGCCCCCUCUGCCGUUACCAGAUGGAGAUGGUGCUGCAGCUCAAGGAUAAUGCCUCCAAGCUGCUGCUGGCGCUAAUGGAAAGUCGUCAUGACAGUGAGAACGCAGAGAGGAUCCUAUUCAACCUCCGCCCCCGAGAACUGGUGGAUGUGAUCAAAAAGGCCUACCAUCAGGAGAGUGAGUGUGACGGUGGGGAGGUGUCACCCCGUGAGGUGGGACACAAUAUCUAUAUCUUGGCCCAGCAGCUGGCCCGACACAACAAGGUGUUGCAGAACCUUCUGAAAACUCAAAAGAAGAGCAAAGAGGGCGAGGAAGGGAUCUCCUCCAUGUUAAACUUGAACAAUCGUCCGCUGUCGCAAAUGUUGAAGUCGUCAAUACCGACAACCAUUGUGGAGCAAGACCCGCUGGAGUACUAUGACCUGCACACUUCUCAAAUAGAGAUUGUACGUGAUGAUCGCAGCAUGGAGCAGAUUGUGUUUCCCGUCCAUCCCAUCUGUGAGUUCCUAACGGAGGAGUCCAAGGUGCGUGUCUUCAACACAACAGAGCAGGAUGAGCAAGGCUCCAAGGUGACGCACUUCUUCGAGCAGACGUCCUUCCUGCACGGAGAGAUGGAGUGGCAAAAGAAGCUGCGAAGCAUGCCAGUGCUGUACUGGUUCUCCAGGAGGAUGACAUUGUGGGGGACCAUCUCCUUCAACCUGGCUGUCUUCAUCAACCUCAUAAUCGCCUUCUUCUACCCGUACAACUCAGGACAAGUGGGAGCCAUCGAUGACUCUCUGCUACUGAUGUUGUUUUGGGUUCUGAUCGGGCUCUCCGUGCUGGCCUUGCUCUCCCAGCGCUACGGCCUCCAGCCGCUGACUUUGGCGCUCAUCUUAAGGUCCAUCUACCACCUGGGUAUCGGGAACACGCUCAUCCUUCUGGGCACGCUCAAUCUGAUCAACAAGGUGGUGUUUGUGGUGAGCUUUGUGGGCAACAACGGGACGUUCAUCAUGGGUUACAAGGCCAUGGUGAUGGAUGUGGAGUUCCUGUACCAUCUGGCCUACGUGCUCACCUCCACACUGGGCCUCUUUGUGCACGAACUGUUCUACAGCAUCCUGCUCUUUGAUCUGAUUUACCGUGAGGAGACACUAUUCAAUGUGAUCAAAAGUGUGACGCGCAAUGGACGCUCAAUACUGUUGACUGCACUGCUCGCCCUCAUCCUUGUCUACCUCUUCUCCAUCGUGGGCUUCCUGUGCCUUAAGGACGACUUCAUCAUGGAGGUUGACCCGCUGCCUCAGAUUGCCCCAGUUCCUCAGCAGAGCGACAGCACGCAGGACUUCCUCAAGUCAUGUUCCACAGAUGGAAUCCACUGUAUGGUGGAGGGCGAUGUUGAGACUAAGAGCGAGUACAGUGAUGAGUCGAGCAGUGAGCGCGCCUGUGACACGCUGCUGAUGUGCAUCGUAACUGUUCUGAAUCAUGGCCUGAGAAACGGUGGCGGCGUGGGUGAUGUCCUACGCCAGCCCUCCAAGAAUGAGCCCCUGUUUCCUGCCCGCGUGGUCUAUGACUUGUUGUUCUACUUCAUUGUCAUCAUCAUUGUCCUCAACCUCAUCUUCGGUGUCAUCAUCGACACCUUUGCUGACCUGAGGAGUGAGAAGCAGAAGAAGGAGGAGAUCCUGAAGACCACCUGUUUCAUCUGCUGUCUGGAGCGAGACAAGUUUGACAACAAGACGGUGUCGUUCGAGGAACACAUCAAGCUGGAGCACAACAUCUGGAACUACUUGUACUUUAUUGUUCUGGUGCGCGAGAAGAACAAGACCGACUACACGGGGCCUGAGAGCUACGUGGCCAUGAUGAUCAAGAACAACAACCUGGACUGGUUCCCCCGCAUGCAAGCCAUGUCGCUUGUGGUCACGGACAGUGACGGCGAGCAGAACGAGAUGAGGAUGCUGCAGGACAAGCUUGACUCCACCAUGAAAGUGGUGCUGACGCUCACCACACAGCUUACAGAGCUCAAAGAGCAGAUGACGGAGCAAAGGAAGAGGAGGCAGAGGAUGGGUUUUGUGGACGUCCAGCAGGGUGGCAGUGCUCCAUUUCCUCCCAGCGCCGCCGGAGGGAACCACCAGCAGAUAUGAAAAAAAAAUACAUAAAUAAGAAUCAACAAACAAAAAUAAAAUCAACAUGAAUAAGUCAAGGUAAACACUGACAAAGAAAUCAGCAGGAGACAAAACUACUAAAACUCCUGAAUACUGAAAUAUUUUUAAGUAUAUUUUCUUUCGUAUCUUAAUAUUUGUGCUUUUAACACUCAUUAACUACACCGAGAUGCUUUUAUCCUCAUUUAUGACCUUGUCAUCGAUGUCAAUGAUAUGCAAUAAAUAUUAGAAAUCCAUCCAUUUUCCGUACCGCUUCUCCUCACGAGGGUCGCGGGCGUGCUGGAGCCUAUCCCAGCUGACUGUGGGUGAGAGGUGGGGGUACACUCUGAACUGGUCACCAGCCAAUCACAGGACACUUCUAAACAAACAACCAUUCCACUCACAUUCACACCAAUGGGCAAUUUCAUGUUUUCAAUUAACCUGCCAUGCAUGUUUUUGGGAAGUGGGAGGAAACCGUAGUACCUGGAGAAAACACACGCAGGCACAUGGAAAACAUGCCAACUCCACACAGGUGAGGCUGGAUUUGAACCUGGGUCCUCAGAACUGUGAGGCAGAUGUGCUAAACAGUCUACCACAGUGUCUCCAUAUAGGAAAUCAAAGAUUUCAAAGCCAAACAAGGAUCACUUGAAAAUUUAACUACUAUGUACUGUCUUAUCCCCAGCCACUUCAUCCAGCUCUCCCGGGGGGAUCCCAAGGUGUUCCGAGCCCAGCCGGGAGACAUAGGAGUGUCGACCAUGCGCAAGUCAGUUAGGCUGCAGUCGAGUGAGUCUUGAGAGAACGAAGCGGGGUGUUUAAUUAGCACUUCCCUCAAACGCUGUUGUUAGUCAUCGGAACCCAUGGCGUCAGCAUCCGCCAGGACCUGCUGCACGUGAGUUUCGAAGUUGGGAUAAGGGGGCGGGCGACUAUUACACGGUGUUACCGGCGUCGGCAGGGCCAUUUGCGAGGAGUUUGAUGGAGUGGGAAGAGUUGCGGGAGACGCGCUUCCUGGUGUAGUUGGGAUUGUACUGAGUGUAUGGCUCACCGUAGCAGGUCAAACUUGUGAUGUAGGUGUGAAGUGAGGAUGUACGGCGAGCAAAUGCAUAAAGCUGGGAUUCCUGUUGAUGUAAAUUUAAACACAAAAAUGCACCAAACUCUACUUUAGUAGAUCGUACGUUGGACUUACAUUCCAUCCAUCCAUCCAUUUUCAACACCGCUUAUCCUGGUUAGGGUCGCGGGACGCUGGAGCCUAUCCCAGCUGACUUCGGGCGAAAGGCGGACUACACCCUGAACUGGUCGCCAGUCAGUCACAGGGCACAUAUAGACACGGACAACCAUUCGCACUCACAUUCACGUCACUGAGUGGGAACUGAACCCACGCUGCCUGCACCAAAGUCAGACGAGUGUACCACUACACCAUCAGUGACUGGACUUACAUUCCGUGGAACGCAAUUUAGGCAGGCUGGUCACUCUCCCGGAUGCUUGGCCGGUCUGGUCGAGGACUGGUGGUUUUGAUGGAAAAAGGAGGAAGGAAAAAAAAGAAAGAACGACAAAAAGUUUCAAGUGCAGGGCAGCCGAAGCUCGUGAGUGGUGCUGGUCGCCAGGCGUUCAGAGCAGACCUGCGCCGCCCAUUCCUUCCCAACGGAGCUUUCUCCCUAAGCUGCCCAAGCACCCGCAAGGGUAGCUUGGGGCCCUGGCAGGGUGCCCUUCGGCGGUGAAAGGUCAGGUGCGUCCUCGCCACCUCAUGGUGAGGGAUGGUGCUUCCUGGCUGAGCCAGGUUCUUCGGCAAGGUGAACUAGCGAGCGAGAGGACAAAGGAGCUUCUGCCUUUUAUGAACAAAGGAGAGACACAGAGACCAAAGGGAGAUAGAGCAUGCCUCUUAGUACUACUUUUUUCACAACUAGGAUUAUUUGUGGUUUUACUCGCGUGGGAAUAAAAGAUUAAUUAUUGGAUCUCAAAUAAGGAAACCGGUUUCUAGCUUUGCAUUGUUACGCACACCUUGUUUAAUCAAUGUAAUGAGUGUUUCAAUUUUAUGUCGGUGCUGAGAGCAUUUAGUAUUUGCAAUGUGGCAUUUGUGUUGUGUGUGGUGAAAGAGAGAGUAGUGGUAGACACUGAGGGGCAUUCAUGCAAGGUUCUUAAAACAUUAAAGCAGAAACAUUCGGUGAGAACAUGUUGCAGUAUCUCUCAAUCAUAGAGUGCAGUAACUCCCUACUGCCUGCGGGUGUCGCUUGUGAUCCACUAAUUGUCCCAGACCAGAAAAGCCAAAUGUUUUUUUGUCAAUCAUGUGGAACCACUUUAUACAGCCGGUUGUUCAUCGUCUUGAUUCUCAUUCAGUGUGCAGGGAAAGGUCUUUGCUGGUGAGGCCCUUCAGACUGGCUGGGGGGUGAGUGUUAAUUAACUUGGCGUCCGAGUGAGAAACCAGUUCUCCUGUGUCUCUCCUUUGAUAAGAUUCUUCUGACUGGCUGGUAAUUCAUUUAGCGUCCGGGUGAGAUAAAUUAGGCAUCCUUGUGGCUGUCUGUUUCAGCGGGAUGACUGAGGUGGGUAUACAGGGCUGUCAGAAAUUGGGGGUUCCUGGGUGACAUUUGUUCCGGCAAGGCAUACUCGCCACACCAUAAAAGUAAUUAACAGAAUCGGUGACAAAGGGCAGCCUUGGCAGAGUCUAACGUUCACCGGAAACGAAUCCGACUCACUGCCGGCACUGCAAACCAAAACUCUGACACUGGUUGUACAGGAACCGAACAGCCCGUAUCAGAGGUUCGGUACCCCAUACUCCCGAAUCACACCCCCACAUCUUAGGGCCACAGCUCCGGUCGGCCGCCUCACCAAUGGAGGUGCAGAACAACAAAGAAUACAGAAGUCAAAAGUUUACUUUUACACUUAUAAAAUAGUCGUUAUUGUCAGUUGGCACACUACUCAGGCAAAGGAGUCAAGAGUCUAGGUUUGCUCGUGCUAAAAUGAAGGGGUAUAUUAUUCAUUUGGAAAUCUGGAUUAUGCCAGAUUGGGGAGAGCACACUGGGAGCUAAUUGAGAUCCUGUAGAUACUAAACUUUGCCACCAAGCCGCUAAAGUGGAAUUGUGGAAAUAAAUGGGAGUUUUGGGAGUUUGAUGUUGUUGCAGUCUGUCCAAGAAUAAUACUCCUCAUUGUGGUGCAACCAUUUGAUGAGUUAUUGUAAUUGGUUAGCUAAAUAAUAGGGUUUAAAGUUGGGAGCAUUUAGGCCUCCCUCCUGUUUACUUUUCUGAAGAGUGGAUAGACUAAUCCUAUUUUUCUUAUUUUUGGAAUAAAAACUUAUUACAGCAGAAUCUAAUGUUUGACACCAUUUAAAUGUGGCACUAUGUUGAUUCAUUGCUGUACCAAGACUGUAGCACCACCGACACACACACUGCUCCACAUUCAAAAACUGGACAACAAGAAACAUCCUGUAAAUGAAGCAAAUCAACAGGACAUUAGCGGCCAUUUUGGGGAUUUAGUAACAUUGCUAAAAAAGUUAACUAUAAAUCAUGCCGAUAACUUUUACCUGUUGAAUGAAAAUGAACCAACUCAGUAGUAACUUCAUGCGAUGAACAAAGAGCUAAUGCCAGCACACACAACGUACAAUUUCCAAACAGGACAGACACACGGUUUUAAUCAUAUGUGAACAGCAAGCUUUUUAUUGUUUUGAUGGAGAACAAUAUACCAAAAUAGUGAUACUGCCCUUCGACCUUGUCUUGAAUACUGGACUGAGUGUUAAGGCCUCUUUAAACUCCCGCGGCUGACAGCGCCCGCAUUGUAUAACGUGACCAACGCAUAGGGCCGCGCGGCACUUGACGCGCACGCGGCACAAAUUGCCACCGCACGCAGAAUGCCGUGGAGAUCAUCUCUCGUGAUUGGCUCAUUUUAGUCACAUGCUGUAAUGACGUACUCCGAUUUGCCCUUGAUUCUACAACCCCAAUUCCAAUGAAGUUGGGACGUUGUGUUAAACAUAAAAAAAGAAAAAACAGAAUACAAUGAUUUGCAAAUAAUGUUUUAAUGUUGGAAUUUUAUGCCAAACUACAUUCUGCACGUGUUACAACAGCAUGGCUUCGUAGUAAGAGAGUGUGGGUUUAUUGAAUGUUGUUAAAAGAAAAGGUGAUGUAACACAGUUGUAAACAUGACCCUGUCCCGGAUUUUUUGGAACGUGUUGCAGCCAUAGUUUCUAACUUGAAUGAUUAUUUGCAAAAAACAAUCAGGUUUAUCAGUUUGAACAUUAAAUAUAUUGUCUUUGUAGUGUAUGCAAUUAAAUAUAGGUUGAACAUCAGAAUCAGAAUCAUCUUUAUUUGCCAAGUAUGUCCAAAAAAAAAAAAAAAACACAUAAGGAAUUUGUCUCUGUUUGUACGACAACAGACAGUCAAUUGACAGAGAACACUUUUGAGACAUAACGACAUUGACAAAAAAAAAAAAAAAACAGUCACUGAGCAAUAAAGGGUUGCUGGUUGUCUGGUGGGUGGCACGGUGAGCGACUUGUCAGAGCGUCAGCCUCACAGUUCUGAGGACCCGGGUUCAAUCCCCGGCCCCGCCUGUGUGGAGUUUGCAUGUUCUCCCCGUGCCUGCGUUGGUUUUCUCCGGGCACUCCGGUUUCCUCCCACAUCCCAAAA